GAUUACACGGGCGGAUUGGAAGAAGCCCCGCGCUGCAACCAAGCCAUGGCAGGCUAUGAGGCCGCCGAUGCGGCAGGGCACUUCAGCACCCAGCCCCGCCAGGCGCCCAGAGAAGAGGCCAGCCCUCCCGGCACCGCGCCGGACUUUGACUUCGACGAGCUGGAUGCGGAUCCCAGCGAGCGCAAGCCGGGCAGCAUGUUGGCGAAGCGCCUCUGGGCGGCGGAAACCAAGGUUCGUCAGUGGAAGUGGCUCUCCGUUGGCCUCCUUUUCUUAUCGGCCAUGUUCCUGCAAAGCGUUGCUCUCUACUUUGC